AUGACGCCCUCCGCCGUCCCCUCCCAGGACGUCAACCUCACGGCCGCCGCCGUCCAGCGCAAGGAGGCGACGGUGCCUACGACGCCCAACGGCACCCACGAGGCCGAGCCCCUCGACGCCUCCAAGCUCACCUACACCUUCGCCGCCGAGCCCCGGCCCGUGCCCCUCGAGGCCGUCGCCAACGCCGGCGAUGAGACCGUCGCCACCGACCACAUGGUCACGGCCGUCUGGCGGCAGGCCCAGGGUUGGUCGGCGCCCGAGCUCAAGCCCUACGGCCCCCUGAGCCUCAUGCCGACGGCCUCGUGCCUCCACUACGCGACCGAGUGCUUCGAAGGCCUCAAGGUCUUCCGUGGCUUCGACGGCAAGCUCCGCGUCUUCCGGCCCGACCGCAACGCCGCCCGCAUGCGCAUGUCCGCCGGCCGCAUCUCCCUGCCCCUCUUCGAGCCGGCCGAGCUCGAGAAGCUCAUGGUCGCCCUCCUCGCCGUCGACGGCCCCCGCUGGCUGCCCCGCGACCGGCCCGGCGAGUUCCUCUACGUCCGCCCGACCCUCAUCGGCACCCAGUCCCAGCUCGGCGUCCAGGCGCCCAGGGAGGCCAUGCUCUACAUCAUCGUCACCUUCAUGCCGCGCAUGGACGCCCCGCCCGACGGCAUGCGCCUCCACACGAGCCCCGAGGACAUGGUCCGCGCCUGGGUCGGCGGCUUCGGCUACGCCAAGGUCGGCGCCAACUACGGCCCCUCCCUCAUGGCCACCCAGGACGCCCGUCGCCGCGGCUUCCACCAGAUCCUCUGGCUCUACGGCGAGCAGGCCGAGUGCACCGAGGCCGGCGCGAGCAACUUCUUCGUCGUCUGGAGGCGCAAGUCCGACGGCAGGACCGAGCUCGUCACGGCGCCACUCGACGACAAGCUCAUCCUCGACGGCGUCACCCGCCGCUCCUGCAUCGAGGUCGCCCGCGAGCGCCUCGCCGGCGACGUCGUCGUGACGGAGCGCAAGUACACCAUCGCCGAGCUCGUCGAGGCCGACAAGGAGGGCCGCCUCCUCGAGGCCUUUGCCGCCGGCACCGCCUACUUUGUCUGUCCCGUCUCGUGCAUCCACCACCGCGGCCAGGACAUCACAAUUGCCAUGGGCUCCGAGGGCAAGGGCGGCCCCGUCACCUCCAAGAUCAAGGGCAUCCUCGGCGACAUCAUGUACGGCCGCGAGCAGCACCCGUGGGGCGUCGUCAUCCCCGAAAAGGAGUCCCCCUAG